UAAACAGCAUGUGUCAUCCUCAAAAUGUUAAAGAGGAAAAAAAACUGACUCUCGCCAAGGGGGCUUCUAACUCGACGAAGAAGCCCCACAGAUCUUGAAGUCUCCACGUGACAGGAGCGGCUAUAUAGAAAAACCAUCCAAGCAUCAGGACCAGUGUUGGUACUUAGCCUCAACCGAUCGCAGAUACAGAUAUAUUGUAAUGAAUUGAUAGUCGUUAUCGGCGCUAAUCCAGUGAGGAUAAGGAAUUAUUGUACCUUAACUUAAUUAAAUUAUCUUAGAAAACAAGACACGCUGUUCAAUCAAGAGGGACACAGGUAUACGCGGAAUCGUUUAAGGAGGAAAAUAUCUCAUUGUAAUACGAACGGAUCUCUGCUGUCUGUAAAAUAACUUUUCGCACACGAGGGAUGCUGUAUGCACCAAGCCCGCUAUGGCUUUCUGAAGGAACUUAACAAGUUUACUGAGGCGGAUUUUUCUAUCAUUCAUGCAGAAUACAAAGGGAUACUUUCGCCAGAGUAUAUCCGCGCACUUCAUAAAAUGAUAUUAUCCGGAGGUGUGAAACUAUGUUGUCGCUGCUCGUCUAAUGCGUGACACGUUGGAAUUCAGACUUUUAUUUGAACUCUUGAUUUGUUAUUGGAGAAAGCUCCACAAUAAAACACACUGAAGGAAUAGGAAGGCUCAGACUCAGAGAAUACAUACCCAGGCAUCGGCACUUCGAAUUCAAGUCGAAAGAACCUACAAGCCGUCCAGAUGCAGUUUCGACUUUUCUCCUUUGCUCUCAUUGUCCUGAACUGCAUGGAGUACAGUCACUGUCAGCCACAACGUUGGAAAAGAAACAAACGAGCUAGCUAUGGAGCGUACCCCAUUUGCAAAGGCUGCUCUGUUUGCUCCAAGGAUAACGGGUGCCUCAACUGCCAGCCAAAGCUGUUCUUGUUCCUGCGGAGGGAGGGGAUGAGGCAGUAUGGGGAGUGCCUCCACGCCUGUCCGUCUGGAUACUACGGAUUGCGGGCCCCAGAACUCAACAUCUGCUCGAGAUGCAGGAUAGAGAACUGUGAAUCUUGCUUCAGUAAAGACUUUUGCACCAAGUGCAAAGCGGGAUUUUACUUGCACAAAGGCCGCUGCUUUGAAGAGUGCCCAGAAGGCUUUGCACCUUCGGAGGACAGCAUGGAAUGUGGCGAGGGUUGCGAGGUGGGCCAGUGGAGCGAGUGGGGGACCUGCACCAGGAGAAACAAGACCUGCGGCUUCAAGUGGGGUCUGGAGACGAGGACGAGGCAAAUCGUGAAAAAGCCGCCCAAGGACACAAUACCCUGUCCGACUAUCGCCGAGUCCAGGAGGUGCAAAAUGGCCACCAGGCAUUGCGGCAAAAGAGGGGGGGCAGGGAAGAAGCGAUCCAGAGUACCAAAGAAGAAAUCAGAAAAGCAGAGGUUCCGGGUGCGAGCACAGAACCAGCAUAGCGACCACCUGGCGACGGUCCGGGCCAGCCAGUGAGGACUGAGAGCACCCACGUAAAAAAAAAAAAAUAACGUGCACAAAGCUGCUAGCCGCUGCUCCACACACGUCCCUCUCCCCCGCCCACAACACCCCCCAAUCCCAACCCCACCCGUCCCCCAAAACCUCCAGCUCUGCUGCUUCCCCCAUACUGGUGGCACAUCCCCCAUGAGCCCACGCAUCUCCACAACGCCUGUUCCUUUUUCUCACAUCCCAUCACGCUCUGGAAAAAAGGAGGAGGAAGAGGAAAGAGGGAGAGAUGGAGAGACGGAAGAGGGUGGGAAACAGACACUGACACUGGUGGGGCCACGUGGGGGGAAAGAGGCCGACAGGCAGACGACACUCCUGAUGGAGGGAAGAGGAGGGAGAAGUAGAGGCUGAAAAAAAGAUACGGUCCAAGGAUGUAAAUGAUGUCAAGGAAGAAAAAGAGACUCGCUGUGUAUUUAUCGAUAAAUCCAUUUUUUUAUUUUUUAUUAUUUUUUUCUGAAGGAGAUGGACCGUUUGAUUCAUGUAUGGCCUUUCUGUUCAUUAUGUACAUUUUGAGAGUAAUGUAUACAAAUACCAUGCAUAGUUGCAAAGUAUUUUAUUCUCAGCACAAAAUGUUUACGUCCAAACUGCUUUAUGCUCAAACUGUAUAUUGUGGACAAAGAAAUUUAGUUGUUCAACUAGCAUGGCAAAACUCAUGUGUACAUAGUGCUGAGUUUAUCUAAUAAAACUUAUUACUGUAUUUUCAGUAUUGUCUUCUCUAUGGUCCCAGAUGUGUUACAGUUAGUAAAAUGUUGUAAUAUCCAGCUACAGAUAAGAAAAAAUGAAUAAAAAAAGACAUAGCCCUCACAUAGCUAUUACAUUUAUAUGGUAUAUUUGAUUUAUUUAUUGAUUUUUAUUUUGUACUAUUAUGUUUGGUGAACAUUUUUGUCUCAGUUUUCUCUUCUGUGCUGAAGUAUUUCUUUGAAUCUCGUAUAACAAUACAAACAUCUUUAAAAGUUCAAAUUGUUUGUCUAAUAUAUCAUGAAAAAGUGUUGUAACCCAUUUAUUUAACUUCAUUCACUGAUUUCAGUGGUUCAAAAAGUGUAUUUUUUACUCACGUUAGAUUGAGUAUUCAUGCUAAAACUGACCUAUAGUUUCAUGUUAGUCACCAGACUGAGUAUCUGUAGUUUGUGCUUCAUUAAAAACAUUUCGUGUGACUCUGA